CACAGAGAGUAGCGGUGCGUGGGUUAGCUUCACUUUAUCGUAAUAUACCGAGGACUUCGCUGCGUGUGAUCACGGGAAAAAACAAAAACUUUAUCCACCGGUCCUGAGGCGGCAAGCGGAAAUACAGAGCGGCGCAGCUUGAGCUUUGUUUGCCCCGGCGGCAAGAGCUGCAUCUCGGUUGAAAAGAGACAAGUUUUGUGCGGGUGAAAUCACCGUUAUCUUCCUCUCUGUUUGUCGAAUACGCUCGGUUCGACAAAACUGCACCCCUGGAGGACUAAAUGGCUGCAGGCGACGGGAAACAAAGGUGAUAAAGAAGCUUAUUCGUUCCUUGCCGGUUCGGUCCAGACAGCGGUUGAGUCCUGCGGUCCUGUUUUUAGCCACAUCACAGCCCGCUCGCACCGCUAGCCGCCGAGGUCUUCAUUGUGUGAGCAUCUCUUGUGCUACUCCGCUGCCGCCCGACUCCCGAAGCCCGCGCUGCCACCGCACACCUGCCGCCCACACAUUUCCAGCGGAUUUUUUUCCUUCCUUUUUGAAAAACUUUCCAAUCCAAAAAAAAAAAACAAAACAAAGGAAAAUGUGUUCUCGGGUUUGGUUCGUGACCGACCGGCGCAUCAGCCAGGAGUACCCACAAGUUCAGAUCCUCCGGGCGCUGAAGGAGCGCUGCGCCGACGAGGAUGUUGAAUUCCGCUCCCUGCUCAUGGAUCAAAUCGUGCUGACGAUCAGCGAGGGGCAGUUAGGUCUGCGAGUGGAGCAGGAGUUGGUGACGUCUUAUCCACAGGUGGUGGUAGUACGGGUACCCACGCCAUGGGUCCAGUCGGACAGUGACAUCACUGUGCUGCGCCACCUGGAAAAGAUGGGCUGUCGACUGAUCAACCGGCCCCAGGCCAUACUCAACUGUGUCAACAAGUUUUGGACCUUUCAGGAACUAGCUGGCCACGGGGUGCCUCUUCCUGACACCUUCUCAUACGGAGGGCACGACAACUUCCGUAAGAUGAUUGACGAGGCAGAGCCGCUUGGCUACCCCGUGGUGGUGAAGAAUGCACGUGGCCACAGAGGCAAGGCUGUGUUCCUGGCACGGGACAAACACCACCUGACAGAUCUGUGCCACUUGAUCCGCCAUGAUACCCCCUACCUUUUCCAGGAGUACGUCAAGGAGUCGCAUGGCCGCGAUGUGCGGGUGGUCCUGGUGGGCGGCCGUGUCAUCGGCUCCAUGCUGCGCUGCUCCACGGAUGGUCGCAUGCAAAGCAACUGCUCCCUGGGUGGUGUGGGUAUGAUGUGCCCACUGAGCGAGCAGGGCAAGCAGCUGGCCAUAGAGGUGUCGAACAUCCUCGGCAUGGAUGUGUGCGGCAUUGACCUCCUGCAGCUCAACGACGGCUCAUUUGUGGUUUGCGAGGCCAACGCCAACGUGGGCUUCAUCGCUUUCGACCAGGCCUGCGGCAUGGACGUGGCUGGCAUCGUCGCCGACUACGCCCUGUCGAUGCUCCCCAGCCGCCUCACCCGCAAGAUGUCCCUGCUGUCCGUCGUGUCGAGCACCAGCGAGACCAGCAGCGAGCCCGAGGUGUGCACCGUGCCUGCAGGCAGCGGCUCGCUGCCCGAAGCCGUCUGCAACAUGAGCAUGGGCUCUACCUCCAGCGAGAGUGACCCGGAGCUGGCGGAGCCCUCCCAGUCCUCGCCCCGUCAGUCCACAGCCCCCACCCUGCCCGACCUCCCCGAUCCAGCCUACAACUUCAACACCCUCCUCGCCAAUGAGAUCAAGUUAUUGACUGAGUGAGAUUCCAGCAGCUUCAUGCGCACCCAAACACCACAAAUGCAUAUUUAAAACAUGCAUACACACACAUACACACACACACCCGUACGGAUGGCAACAAACAUUCCUUUUAAAAACACAUAUCAGUCCAAAAACUAUUCCAACAUAAGAUGUAAAGUGCGAAAAAGGAGCAGAGAAAAACAGAACACGCAUACUGACACAACUACGAAAACAAACACCAAAAACAACAUGAGCCUUCUCCUACUUCAAAAAAAAAAAAAAAAGAUCUGAGGCUGCUCCCCUGACUCUCCUCUCUUUGCACCUCUAUUCCCAAACUACAAAAUCCCACUAUCUAAACUGCAGCAUGAUAGUGAGAGUGGGAUAUAGUACAUGAGAUAACUGCCGAAUUGGUCUCUACUAGUUUCUAUUUGCUAUUUUUUGGGUGGGUGAAGGAUUCCCAUAAAUGCAUACAUCUGCCACGGUGUUAUCCUCACAAUACAAUAGCAUUACUUUGAGUAGAAUCUAUGCUGUCAUAGAAGAGGGUUUUCUGCUGAGACUAUAGUCAGGUUUGGUGGAUUGGAGGCGAAAUGAAGUGUUUUCAAGUUGUUGGGGAGAAGAAUACACCUUCAUGCUAGGCACAUCAUUCUGUCAGUUCCAAUGUAGCAAUGUAGUGCUCCUGUCGAGGACACAGACCAGGAUGGAGACCAUCCUGCAGCAACUGGAGAUGUACAAACGUCAUGGCAACAAGUAGCAGAUCUGUUUAGGAGCCACAACCUGGAAUAUAAAAACGAAUUCAUCACUCCAUUUUUAAUUUUUACAUUCCUAGAAAGUAUGCUUGAUCAGCCUUACCGGCAGCAGUAGUCUGCUGCUUUUUAAAAUUCAUUAAAUGCCUAGCACUUUAUAACGAACAGAUGCAUUUUUUUCUCACUCAGAUGACAUACUAAGGAAAGACGAGACAGAGUGUGAAAGCCGCGUCUACACCUGCAAGCAAAAAUAUACCUCAAAACAGUGACUUCUCACUGCCAUACAAUGACAUAGAUAUUCAAACAUACAGUACAUAUCAGCCUGGAUCCUUGUGGUUUUCAAAUGGCCCUUGACAUGCCAGGUGUUCCUUCCCUUUAUGUCCUGAAGCUCAAACAGUUGUAUAUUAUUGUUUGUUUCUUUUUAGAUUUUAUGUAAAUACUUAGGUAGCAUACUAGUAUCCAGCUGAUGAAACUGGAACGACUGAAAUAACUGCCAACAUGGACAUUUUCAUAAGCUAUUGUGGACAAAGUAGUUCGUAUAGACCUGCGAUAUUAAAAGGUUGAGACUGAAAUUUGGUGCUAACAUUUCUGGAUUUGGUUAGUGAUGUGAUUUCUCAGUCAUAUUAUUUGUAGAUUUCUAUUGUUUUCACAUAGUGUUUUUUCCUUUUUUUUUCUUUUUUUUUUUUGAUAAAAAAAAAACAAGUAUCCGAACCCACUAAACAUGUUGGCAUGAUGUACAAAAAAAAUGGAAACUAUAUUUUUGCAGUCUUCUUGAAUAGAAUGUUACUUUUUCUUUCCUUAGAGAAGAAAGGAAAACAAAAAAUCCAGGGAUUUCAGCAGCCAAGACCUUAUUGUUUACAGUUUUUGUUCCUUUAGAUUUACUUCCUACACACCUCCUGAAAUAAAUAUCAUAGUUGUAGGCUAAGCUGGGGUUACUGCCAUUCAUUCAGAAUAACUUACAGCUCUGAUCAAAAGCACAAAUGUAAACCCGAAACUGUUCCACGGUGAUGUUUAUGUUUUUAGGCCUGUAACCUUUUCUUUUGAACACAACUCAGGGAAGCAGCCUGGAUCUCAGCCCUGACCCCCAAAGGCAUGACAUAUCCAUCCGAGCUGGAGACAUGUCAAAAAAAACAUAACACAUACCUACAAGCAGACAAAAAUAUACAUAAACAACAAUGAAAAAAAGGUUGUAAACUACAGUAUAAGACAAUGUGGUGUAUACCAUGGUUAACAUGCACUUUUUUUCCUUGCUUGUUUUAUAUCGUUCCUUGUUUUCUUCCUAAUUUAUGGUAUUUUUAAAGAAAAAAAAGUGGUUUGUGUGCACUAAUAUUGUCUCAAUAAAGUGAAACCGCUGUGAAGCUUGAUUUUAUUUUCCUCUUUUGUGGGCCGAAUUUACUAACUGUCUGGAGUCUAACAGGGCCCUGCUGGAGGGUGCCAAGUCAAAAUCCACCAGACAAUUAAAAAAAAAAAAAAGGCAGCUUUUCUUUUAAGUCUGCUGUCAAGUGAUCACAGUGGCUCCACUGAGAGAAUAACACCAUUUACACUACUGUGAUGUUGUCCAGUAUCUAUAUUAUCAAAGUUUCUGACAAACAAACUGUGAAAUCUGCUUAUGUCCACUCUCCUGACAUGCAAGGGCCGGUGGGCUUGAUCACCAAGAGACAUCCUAACAUAAAUGCUUGUAUGGGUGAACUAUCUCCAGUUGUUGUCCCCUAUUUUUUUGAAGUCUUCGUCUUUGUAUUGAAGCCUGCGUCAUUCCACAUUGUGUAAGUGUAAAUUAUAGAUCACAUAUCAAUUCAAGACAUUAAUAGCCAGCCAUAGGGAAGAGGGAAAUGCUAAUUUCUCUCUUACAGCCCCUGUUAUUUAAAUCCGUAGUUUAUACAUCAUCCAUUUGCCGUCAGAGCACCGUCUAGCCAUUGAAGGUUCACGUAACAGUGCCCUAUUAACUUUCAAAAUGCCUUUUCACUGUCUGGUUUGUUUUGGGAGCAUUGAUUUGAGCAUCACAGCUGAGUUAAGGUCCCAGUUCAGAGAGAUUUCUUUCUGAAUCAAGGCAUGGAGGCUACUGAAAGAAACAGGGGUACCACAUGCUAGUGACAAGGGGUAAAGAAGAAAGGAAAAAAAUCUAAUUACUAGCCUGUGUGGCGCUUGGCCAGCCUGGAACAAACAUGUUAGGGACCUCUGGACGAGUCACUGUGUACAACAACAACAGAGCACAAGGUUACUAUUUAAUUCCAAACUGCUGCUAAUGUAUAUUUGGUUCAAAAAAGUAAAAAAAAGGGAAUAUGAGAAAAAUCCAAGUGUUUCCAUGUUUUGCUGCCUCUCCACACAUAAAAAUGAAUCUGAAUGCCAAAAAAAACAAACAUUUCGUUGUAUAAUUCAGUACAAAUAACACUAGUAGUGAGAUGAUUUUAAAAAUGAUUGUUUUGAUAUAAAGAGUAAAUGUUUCAGAUUUGUAUAUAAUAUGUAAGAUUUCACAGCAGCCGCCGAGUUCAUUUUAUGUCUCGAUUUAAAAUGGACUUGAGGCUUGCUUAAAGGUUUACAAUAUUCUUUUAUUUGCAGGAGGAAGAUGCAAUGUUUUUGCUUCAGUGAAAUAAUAAUGCGACUGUGUUGAUGACGUAUAGACAUAAUUAUAUCUGCAUACGGUGAAUUGAUUAAGAGGCUCUGGAUUUGCUGGGUACGAAAUGAGCAAAAACAUUGCAUCGAAAAGGUUUUAGGAAAUGCCCUUGACCAUUAUUCUGUUCUGUAUCAUUCUGACAGUGUUACAAAAAUGGAUCCCAAAAUCUUGUAAUCCACAAGUGUUCAAAAUGAUGUAAAUAUAUAUCCCUCUUUUUUUAGAUUAAAAUAAAGAUGAGUCAUUAUUCAAAACCAGUGAAAA